CUAACCCAAUUGCCAUUGAAACUCACUCUGCAGAACCCCGAAUAAACCCUCCCUCUCUCUCCGAUUCACUCUGCGGCGUCGUUUCCGGUGGUUGUGGCGUGAUUCCUCGGCGGCAAGAUGGGCGACACCGAUUCUCUUCCUCCUCCCACUGAACAAGAAAUUUCCAAUGAGCUAGACCUGAGAGUAAAGAAGUACCUCAGAGGAGAAGGUGCUAAUUUGGAGGGUUUGAAGGAUAAAAAGCUCAAGACCCAACUUACUAAUAGAGAGAAAUUGUAUGACAAAUCUGCUAAAGCUGCUGCCAUGGCUGAAAAGUGGCUUAUGCCAAGUGAAGGAGGUUAUCUGGAGGCUGAUGGUGUGGAGAAUACAUGGAGGAUCAAACAGGAGACAAUAGCUUCUGAAGUAGAUAUCUUAAGCUCAAGGAAUCAAUAUGAUAUUGUUUUACCAGAACUUGGUCCAUAUACUCUGGAUUUUACAUCAAGUGGUCGGUAUAUGGCUGUUGGUGGGCGUAAGGGCCAUCUGGGAAUUGUGGACAUGAUGAGUCUGAACCUAAUCAAAGAGUUUCAGGUGAGAGAAACCGUGCGUGAUGUGGCAUUUUUGCAUAAUGAGCUAUUUUUUGCCGCUGCCCAGAAAAAGUACCCGUACAUCUAUAAUCGUGAAGGUGUUGAGCUUCACUGCCUCAAGGAACAUGGUUCAGUGUUAAGGCUUCAGUUUCUGGAAAACCAUUUUCUCCUGGCUACUGUCAACAAAUUUGGGCAGCUUCGCUAUCAGGAUGUUACGAUGGGUACUAUGGUUGGUAAUUGUCGAACUGGCUCAGGACGUACAAACGUGAUGCAAGUAAACCCUUUCAAUGCGGUUGUUUCUUUAGGUCACUCUAGCGGUACAGUCACUAUGUGGAAGCCGACUAGUUCUUCUCCUCUUGUCAAGAUGCUAUGUCAUCGCGGGCCUGUCACAGCACUGGCAUUUCACUCAAAUGGCCACUUAAUGGCCACUGCUGGGCAAGAUAAAAAAAUCAAGCUUUGGGAUUUGAGGAAGUUUGAGGCUCUUCAAACGUUACCAGGCCAUGCAAAUACUAUGGAUUUCAGUCAAAAAGGCUUGCUUGCUUGCGGUACUGGUUCAUUUACCCAGGUUCUGAGGGAUGUUUCCGGUACACAGAAGUACUCUAAGUACAUGAUGCAUUCCAUGGCGAAGGGUUACCAGGUAGGAAGAUUAGUUUUUCGACCAUAUGAAGAUGUUCUAGCCAUAGGGCAUUCAAUGGGGUGGUCAAGUAUUCUUAUUCCAGGAGCAGGGGAACCCAACUUCGAUUCAUGGGUUGCGAACCCGUUUGAAACGUCGAAACAGAGGAGAGAAAAGGAAGUGCGGUCUCUUCUUGAUAAGCUUCCACCAGAGACAAUCAUGUUGGAUCCCAGGAAAAUUGGGUCGGUGAAACUGACAAAAAGAGAGAAGCCAAGCAUGCAGGAGAAGGAGGCUGAGAUGGAAGCUGCUGUUGAAGCUGUUAAGAGCAAGAAACUGAAGAAGAAAACAAAAGGAAGAAAUAAGCCUGGUAAAGUGGCUCACAAAAAGCAAGAGGCAAUUGGUAGAGCGAAAAGACCUUUCGUGGAGCAGAAAAUUCAGGAGGAGGAAAACAUAUCAAAAAAGAAACAGAAAACUACUGAGGGAGUUGAAUUGCCAGUAUCUUUACAGCGGUUUGCUCGUAAAAAACCAUCAUCAUAAUUAAACUUUGUCCUAUGAUGAACUCAUGUAUUUUUAUUCCUUUUUAUUUUUCUUGUUUUCUAAGCUCUUUAUUUGUAGUUGUUUCUAGCCUUUGAUGUUGAUUAUUAUUGCCUUUCUGAGAAAGGCAUAUAUCCAAAUUUUGCCUUAAAUUCCUCUUAUAGUCAUUGAUUAUAAAAUUAAUGAUUGAAAUUAUGAUUA